AGUAAACAACAGGAAACAGUCAACAGCAGCGAUUCUCAUAGUCUUCCUUUGAUGAUUAAAGAUGACCAUCGAAGCCGGCGAUAAGAGAAGAGAUGCAGAGAUCGAGGAGGAGAUGCUCUACGCGGAAUCCAUCCUAGAACACGAUGAUCAGCAUGAUGAUGAUAAGAUUGAUGUUAAUGCCUUUCUCACUCAGAAGGAAGCGCCUGAGAACAUCCACAAGAGACGCAAGAGGAUUAAAUACGCGAUGACUCAGCAACAUUUGCAAAUGGCGAACGUGACCCAGGAGCAAAUUGCGAAGAGACCCGUUGCUGGUGUCAUCAAGCGCGUUUCCUUGAAGAAUUUCAUGUGCCAUGCCAACUUUGAGCUGGAGCUUGGCCCAAGACUUAACUUCAUCAUUGGUCAUAACGGUAGUGGUAAGUCUUCCAUCUUGACUGCCAUUUCUGUUUGUUUAGGAGCCAAGGCAACGGAGACAAACAGAGGAAACAGUUUGAAAGAUUUGAUAAAGGAGGGGACCAACAUGUCCCAGAUCAAAGUUGUGCUGUCCAAUGUUGGUGAUUAUUGCUUUGAGCCGGAAAAGUAUGGCGAUGAGAUUAUCAUUGAAAGAACAAUCAGAAGGGACGGAAGUGGUGCAGUCCCGUAUAUCAUCAGAUCGGAAACGGGGAAGAAGAUUUCUUCUAAGAAGUCUGAUCUUGAUACUAUCUUGGAUGCAUUUUCCAUUGCUGUUAGUAACCCGAUGGUGUUUCUUUCCCAAGAUCAAGCACGUUCUUUCUUGACGGCAAGUUCUGACGCAGAUAAAUAUCGACAUUUUAUGAGAGGCACAUUAAUGGAGGACAUUGUUAAUAACUUUAUGAAAGUUAACGAUACAAUCGAGAAGAUUGAUACCAAGCUUAUGAGAUUGAAGGAGAGUACCAUCGCCUUGAAGGCCAAGGCCACAGAAGCAAGAGAACUUCAUAUGCGUCUGAAAGAAUCCGAUCAGUUACGGAGAAGUGCAUUUCUGUACCGUGGUAAGUACUUUUGGAUGGAACACCAAAGUAUAAAGGAGUCUAUGGAGGCGUCAAGAGUGCGCUAUGAAGAGUCUCUGAAUCAGAUUGCCGAAAUUGACAAUCUCAUUGAUGAGAACAAUUUAAAGAUUGACGCUCUCCAAAAGAAAAAGAGUGGCUUGGAUGGAAAGCUUGAGAAAUUGAGACAGGAUUUGACAGAUAUUAAGCCUAAGUACAGCUCUCAAAAGGAUCUAACCAACACAGCUACUCGUACUGCUGAAGAUCUCGUCAGUAAUUUGGAAAAGAACAAUGCCGAACUCAAGAGUUUUGCUAAACAGAUUGCAUCACUCGAAAAGCAUAUCGCAAAAGAGGAGGAGAAACUUCGAGAAAAGAAUGGUGGGUCCAAGGAUGCUCUUAAACAACGGCUUGAAGAUUUAGUCCAAGAAGAUACAGACUUGAGUAGAAAGCUUAAUGAGUUGAGACAGCGAGAGAACAGCACCAGAACUGCGAGCCAUGAGGCUUAUUCUGCACUGGAUAACGAAAUUCGUGAAAAAGCAGAGUCUCUUAAUGAUGCUAGACAAGAGUUGAACCGUAUCAAGCAGGGCUCUAAGCAACACAAUCCGCUAGCUCUACUCAACAAGAGUGUUCAAGAUGUUGUACAUCACCUGAAGAAUACACGAUUCUCAGACCGUGUCAUUGGCCCGAUUUCAAGUUACACAUUCGUGAAGUCGGAACAUAAAAAGUGGACUCAAUUGAUUAAUGCCCAAUGUGGUGCUCAUGUCAACACAUUUAUCGUCCGAAACGCAAACGACCAGAGACAGUUAAAGAAACUUCUGGAUAAAUUUCAUUGUCGCUCAACCAUCUUGAUCAGAAGACCUGAAAGAUUCGACUUUUCCAAUGGAAAACCAAACGGUGACUAUUUGACGGUUUUAGAUUGCCUCGAGUUCACGGACGAUGAUGUCAAAUACGCCCUGAUCGAUCUCGCCCAUCUUGAAAGUGUUGUAUUAUGUGAUGAUAGGUAUCAAGCACAAAAUGUAGUGGAAGAUCGUUCAUCAAAUGUUCUCGUUGCAUUGUGCCCUGUGGAUCCGAGACAAGGUCUUCGCCAGCAGAAGAGAUCUGCUCACGGUGCCUUCAUGAGUGAUCCUCUAUAUUAUGAAAAUAUUCCAAAAAUUGGAGUUCAGAAUGCUUCUGCAGAUACUUCGGGAAUUGAAGAAAAUAUUGAACACCUUAAACGUGAGGUUGCCGAGUUGAAGGGAAAGAAGGAAAAUGCUGUGAAUGAAGCCAAUGAAAAGUCAAGGAAAAUCAAUAACGAGAUCAAGGAGAUACAAAACCACAAGAGGAAGCUUGCAUCGGAAAAGUAUAACCUUGACUCCGCUCUUGAUGACUCAUCUGACUCUGCAAAGUUGAUUGAAUAUUCGAAUGCCAGGGAUGACCUUGUGCAAAGAAAGAGUACAUUAGAGCAGUCCAUACCAGACCUUCAGGAUCAAAUAUACCAUGCGCAGGAAAAAGCCAAGAGUUAUAACAGUGCACUUGUUGAGUUGAAACAGGAAGCCACCAAGCUCAGGGAGUUCAUGGAUGCUCUAAGAAACGACAAAAUAACUGUCGACACUGAUAUUGGAACCUGCAAUCAGACUAUUCAUCAUUUUGAGAGGCAAAAAGCACAACAACAGGAAGCUUUCAAAGAUUUCAAAAAGAAUGAACAGAAAUGGCAAGACAUGCUUCAGGAGUCUUUGGCGAAAGCACAAGAGGCUUGCUCAAAAGAGGAAGCUGAUAGACUACACGUCAAAAGCAUCGAAAACGUUCAAAGAGAAAUUCAAAGAAUCAAUGAAGAUAUCAAACGUGCUGAUGAGCUAUUGGGGAAAGAGCCAGAUGCUAUCAUCAAUGAAGAUGAAGAUGCUAGAAAAAGCUUCAACGAUGCUUUCCAUCUUUACUUGGAAACAAAUGAAGCCAAAAAGCUCUUAAUGGACUCAUUCAGUACAAGAUUAAAAGCAUUUAGAAACUCCCGUUCUGCAGCAUGUGGUGCAGCACAGAUGACAUUUAACAGUUCUUUGGAGUUCAGAAACUUUUCUGGUACUCUCGAGUUUGAUCACGGAAGAAGAACCUUGCAGAUGCUGGUGAGUACCAAGAAUGAUAAGAAACCAAGAAAUGUUGAUUCCUUAUCUGGUGGUGAAAAGUCAUUCUCUCAAAUUGCUCUGUUGUUGUCUACAUGGAAGCUUAUGCGUUCUAGAAUUAAGGGCUUGGAUGAGUUUGAUGUUUUCAUGGAUCAGGUAAACAGAAAGAUCGGUAUGAAGUUGAUGUUGAGCAAACUCUCGGAAGAUCUGGAAUCGCAAACUAUAUUCAUUACUCCUCAAGACAUUGGUCAGAUCGCUGAGCUGGAUGAGAAUCUUGUUAGAAUUCACAGAAUUAGAGACCCUCGUGCUCAUUAAGGACCGCUCUUGUUAAAUCUAUAUAAUAGUACAAUUAAAAGUUAUUUAUAGAUACUGAACGUUUAAUCUUCGUCUUCAUCGUC